AUGUACGCCCAAGAAGAAGCCUUCAAGAAAAGCGCGGACUUCGCGCUUUCUACAAGCACUGUACUCAGUGGAGUAUGCCUUGCAUCAGGGGUUUUACUUUCAAACACUGUUUGCGGCCCCGAGCUGUCUGAGUGGAAUAUUGUCAAUGGUGUCCUCUGCGGAGCGUUAGCGGCUUCCAUUCACUUCGCUGUGAAGUCGUGCCCGAGGGUUCUUCAGAAUGCGUUUCGCCUCUCCAAAAGACAAAUAUCUCCAAGCGAGCUGAUGAGUGAUGGAAUGCUUGUUGCAGCAGUAUCUGUUGGCAUCGUUGCGAUACCCGCGAUCCUGGUCCUUUGGUCAAUCAGUGGACUCUUUAACAUGACCAUCGGCACCUGCGCCGAGUCAGCUCCCCUGUUCUACUGUGUAACUCUAGCAGCAAUGCUGGCUCAGAUUGCCGCAAUCGUGAAUGCAGCUAGAAUCAAUAUGGAGGCAGCUGGAUACAAUGUCCGCAACAUUGAAUGCGCAGUUCAUGAAUGCGCCUCGAAGUCCAAGGAAGUGGCCAUGCACUUCGGCCGCAAUGCCCAUGAGAUGGCCAUUCACGCUUCGGAUCGGGCGAUACCCCUUCUUCAUGCCACAAUGGAGAAAGGAAAACACAUGUUCGAGACGAGACCAAAAUACAUGACAGUGGAGUACUGGACUGGGCCGGAGGGUCGCUCUCUGCUUCGUUAUUGA